GCCUGGAGUGAUCACGUGAACGUGAUGUUUGGGAGGGCCGGCAGAACUGAGAUCGCAACUGCCCUGCGAACAAUCUUCACAGGAACUUGCACAGAAGUGAAAUAGUUAAAGCAAAUUCUAGGGAUGUGGUAAAGACCACACAAAAAAAUGCGAAUCAUUGUCUUCUAAAUGAGACCAGUGGAUAAAUGGUGUUUCUAGAUUCCUUGCUUCAGAGUUCUCAAAAGCAAAAUGACUGAGAGAGAGAUAAGUGUGUGUCAGCAAACAUGGGCCUUAUUAUGCAAGAACUUUCUUAAAAAAUGGAGAAUGAAAAGAGAGUCUUCAAUGGAAUGGUUGAACUCAUUGCUCCUACUGCUCUGCUUAUACCUCUAUCCUAAUAAUCAUGAAGUGAAUGAUUUUUCUUCACUUCCUAUCAUGGACCUGGGACGGGUAGAUUCCUUCAGAGACUCUUCGUUUGUUAUUGCUUACACACCUGUCACCAAUAUGACCCAGAAGAUAAUGACGAAAGUAGCCUCUGCCUCCUUCAUGAAAGGUAAAGAAGUCUUGGGACUGCCCGAUGAAGAAAGUUUUAAAAAAUUAAGGGAAAAUCAUGCUGAGGAAGUAGUACAAGUCAUCUUUACUAAUACUUUCUCAUAUCAUUUGAAAUUCUUGCUGGGACACAGAAUCCCAACAAGGAAGGAAUUCAGGGCCCACACAGCUCAUUGUUAUGAAAUGACUGAAGGUGUUAACUGUGGAGUUUCUGAAUUUUGGGAGAAAGGUUUUGUGGCUUUUCAAGCUUCCAUUAAUGCUGCUAUUAUAGAAAUCACAACGAAUCGUUCAGUGAUGGAGGAAUUGAUGUCAGUUACCGGAAAAAAUAUGAAGAUAUAUCCCUUCAUUAGUCAAGGAGGAAUUAUAACUGAUUUUUUCAUUUUCUUCUGCAUUAUUUCCUUUUCCCCACUUAUAUACUAUGCAUCUGUUAAUGUUAAAAGAGAGAGAAAGAAGAUGAAGGGCUUGAUGACAAUGAUGGGUCUGCGAGACUCAGCGUUCUGGCUCUCCUGGGGUUUGUUCUAUGCUGGUUUCAUCUUUGUUAUGGCUCUUCUCUUGGCUCAUGUUAUAAAAACAGUCCAGUUUGUCAUUCUGACUGGCUUCCUGGUGGUCUUCACCCUCUUUCUGCUAUAUGGAUUGUCUUUGAUAGCUUUGGCUUUCCUAAUGAGCGUCUUGGUCAAGAAAUCCUUCCUCACUGGCCUGGUGGUGUUCCUUCUCACUGUCUUUUGGGGGAGUCUGGGAUUCACGGCCUUGUAUAGGCAUCUUCCUGCAUCAUUGGAGUGGACUUUAAGUAUUCUUAGCCCCUUUGCCUUCACUCUUGGAAUGGCCCAGCUUUUACACUUGGACUACGAUUUGAAUUCUAAUGCGCUCCCUGAUACGUCAAACUGCUCAAAUCUACUAAUAGCAACGAAUUUCAUGCUAGGUCUUGAUAUCUUCCUCUACCUGGCAUUGGCGAUUUAUUUUGAAAAAAUUUUACCGGAUGAAUAUGGACAUCGGUAUCCACCCUUGUUUUUCCUAAAGUCCUCCUUUUGGUCCCGACAACGAAAGGCUGAUCAUGUAGUCCUUGAAGAUGAAAUGGACUCCAGUCCAUUUAAUGACUCUUUUGAACCUGUGUCUCCAGAAUUCCACAGAAAAGAUGCCAUCAGAAUCAGAAAUGUUACCAAAGAAUAUAAAGGAAAGCCUUAUAAAAUUGAAGCUUUGAAAGAUCUGGUAUUUGAUAUAUAUGAAGGGCAAAUCACUGCAAUACUUGGUCACAGUGGAGCUGGAAAAUCAACACUGUUAAACAUUCUUAGUGGAUUAUCUGUUCCCACCAAAGGUUCAGUCACCAUGUAUAAUAAUAAACUUUCAGAAAUGGCUGACCUAGAAAAUAUCAGCAAGCUCACUGGUGUUUGUCCACAAUCUAAUGUGCAAUUUGACUUCCUUACUGUAAAAGAAAAUCUCAGGCUGUUUGCUAAAAUAAAAGGGAUUCAGCCACGUGAAGUGGAUAAAGAGAUACAAAGAGUUUUGCUGGAGUUGGAAAUGAAAAAUAUUCAGAACAUCCUUGCUCAAAACUUAAGUGGUGGACAGAAAAGAAAGCUAACCUUUGGGAUUGCCAUUUUAGGAGAUCCUCAGAUUUUCCUAUUGGAUGAACCAACUGCUGGAUUGGAUCCCUUGUCAAGGCACCAGGUUUGGAACUUCCUAAAGGAGCGGAGAACAGACCGUGUGAUCCUCCUUAGUACCCAGUUCAUGGAUGAGGCUGACAUCCUGGCUGAUAGGAAAGUAUUUCUCUCCAAAGGGAAGCUGAAGUGUGCAGGCUCCUCUUUGUUUCUAAAGAAGAAAUGGGGGAUUGGCUAUCACUUAAGUUUGCAGUUGAAUGAAAUGUGUGUUCAAGAAAAAAUAACAUCGCUUGUUAAACAGCACAUCCCUGAUGCCAAAUUAUCGGCAGAAAGUGAAGGAAAACUUGUCUAUACAUUGCCAUUAGAAAGAACAAAUAAAUUUCCAGGACUUUACCAGGAUCUUGAUAGUUGUCCUGAUCUGGGAAUUGAGAAUUACGGUGUUUCCAUGACAACCUUGAAUGAGGUAUUCCUGAAAUUAGAAGGAAAAUCAACCAUUGACGAAGCAGAUAUCGCCAAUUUGGGAGAAUUAGAAGUGGAAAGAGCUGGAGACACAGAAAGGCUUGUUGACAUGGAGCAGUUUCUCUCUUCACUUAAUGAGACAAAAAAUAUCAGAGGUGGCAUAGGCCUCUGGGGACAGCAAAUUUGCGCAAUUGCAAGGGUUCGCUUACUAAAGUUAAAGCAUGAAAGAAGAGCUCUUCUAUCACUGCUGUUAAUUCUAGGAAUUGGUUUUUUCCCUCUUAUUUUGGAGUAUAUCAUCAUAAAAAUAUAUCAAAAGAGUUACACUUGGGAACUUUCUCCUCAUUUAUACUUCCUUGCUCCUGGACAACCACCACGUGAUCCUCUCACUCAAUUAUUAAUUAUCAACCAAACAGGGGCCAGCAUUGGUGAGUUCAUACAUUCUGUGGCGCAUCAGAACAUAGCUUUGGAAGUGGAUGAAUUUGGAACUAAAAAUGGCCUAGAUGACCCAUCUUACAAUGGAGCCAUCAUAGUGUCUGGUAAUGAAAAGAAUUAUAGCUUUUCAUUAGCAUGUAACACCAAAAGACUGAAUUGCUUCCCAGUUCUCAUGGAUAUUGUUAGUAACGGGCUACUUGGAAUGUAUAAACCAUCAGCACAUAUCCAAACUGACAGAAGCACAUUUUCAGAGGAGGAACAGAAUAAUCCAUUUGAAUUUGUGGGAUAUACCUUGUUCUGGUUGAUUCUGGUAUCAUCUUGUGCUCCUUACAUUGCCAUGAGCAGCAUCGAUGAUUAUAAGAACAAAACUCGGUCCCAGCUACGGAUUUCAGGACUCUUUCCUUCUGCUUAUUGGUUUGGGCAGGCUCUGGUGGAUGUCCCGAUGUACUGCUUGAUUUUUCUUUUUAUGUACUUAAUGGACUACAGUUUAAGUCUCCAAGAGACUAUAUUUAAGAUUGUAAAUCAAGUUAUACAAAUCCCGUGUGCUGUUGGUUAUGCCACAUCUCUUAUCUUCUUGAUGUAUGUGAUUUCCUUCAUUUUUCGCAAGGGGAGAAAAAAUAGUGACAUUUGGUCUUUUUGCUUCUAUAUUAUCACCAUCUUCUCUGUGGUUAUAUUUUUCUUGGAUGACUACGGACAUGGUGCGGUGUAUGGCAUUACCUUUUUAAUACCACAGGCCACAUUAAUUGGCUGCAUGUUCUUAGUUUUUCAACUCUUCUUGUUGAAUCUUGAUGGAGAAUCGAGAAGUGUAGAGCCAUUUCUGGUAUUCCUAAUUCCUUUCCUUCAUUUUUUCAUCUUUCUGUUUAUUCUUCGAUGUCUGGAAUGGAAGUUUGGAAAGAAAUCAAUGAGAAAGGAUCCCUUCUUUAGAAUUUCUCCAAGAAGCAGCAGUGUGUGUCAAAAUCCAGAAGAACCAGAAGGAGAGGAUGAAGAUGUCCAGAUGGAAAGAGCGAGAACAGCAAAUGCCUUGAAUUCCACAAACCCAGAUGAGAAACCAGUCAUUAUUGCCAGCUGUCUGCGCAAGGAGUAUUCAGGGAAGAGGAAAAGCUGCUUUUCCAAGAAGAAGAAUAAAAUAGCCACAAGAAAUGUCUCUUUCUGUGUCAGAAAAGGUGAGGUUUUAGGAUUAUUAGGACACAAUGGAGCUGGUAAAAGUACGUCCAUUAAGGUGAUAACUGGAGACACAAAACCAACUGCUGGACAGGUGCUGCUAAUGGGGAGCAGCGGGGCGGACGCCCUUGGGUUCCUGGGCUACUGUCCUCAGGAGAACGCGCUGUGGCCCAGCCUGCCCGUGCAGGUGCACCUGGAGGUGUUCGCCGCUGUGAAGGGGCUGAGGAAGGCGGACGCCGCAGCCGCCAUCGCACGGUUGGUGGAUGCGCUCAAGCUGCAGGACCAGCUGAAGCUUCCCGUGAAGGCCCUGUCCGAGGGAAUAAAGAGGAAGCUGUGCUUCGCGCUGAGCAUCCUGGGAAACCCAUUGGUGGUGCUUCUGGACGAGCCGUCCACGGGCAUGGACCCCGAGGGGCAGCAGCAGAUGUGGCAGGCGAUUCGGGCCACCUUUAAAAACACGGAGAGGGGUGCCCUCCUGACCACCCACUACAUGGCAGAGGCUGAAGCCGUGUGCGACCGCGUGGCCAUCAUGGUGUCCGGAAAGCUGAGGUGUAUCGGUUCCAUCCAACACCUGAAGAGCAAGUUUGGCAAGGAUUACCUGCUGGAGAUGAAGGUGAAGUGCCCUGCCCAAGUGGAGCCGCUCCACAGAGAAAUUCUGAGGCAUUUCCCCCAGGCUGCUCGGCAGGAGAGGUAUUCUUCUCUGAUGGUCUACAAGUUGCCAGUACAAGAUGUACGACCUUUAGCCCAGGCUUUCUUCGUAUUAGAGAAAGUUAAACAGAGCUUCGACCUGGAGGAGUACAGCCUCUCGCAGUCCACCCUGGAGCAGGUUUUCCUGGAGCUCUCCAAGGAGCAGGAACUGGAUGACUUUGAUGAGGAACUGCACCCCUCAGUGAAAUGGAAACUCCUCCCCAAGGAAGACCCUUAAGGCCUCUCCUAUCCUAUGUUUCUAUUCAAGCUGGUGGUGGUUUUUUAAGACAUUUAUUUUUAUAGCAUCAAUAUCAUAUUUUUAGAAACUAUAUUAUAAACACUGACAUGGUUCAUCAUGUGGCAGACAAAGGAAUGCUGGGCAAACACAGUGACCACGUGGACGGGGGCACUUGACCGAGCACCGUCCCCCUGCCCCCGCCCAGUCACAGUCUCCAAAUCUCUGCAGAUCACUAUUUAUCUGUAUAAUACUGAGCAAAUAAAUUUACAUUUAUAAGACUGUUUCAGUUUCUGAGUGUGAUAAACACAUUUUAAUUUUUUUUUAAUCAAGACUUUAAAGCACUUUUUUCUCGCCUAGACUGAGAAGUCCAUAUUACUCUUCUGCAAAUUGAAUGCUUUGUAAAGUGGAUAUUUUAAUAAGAAUUUCAGUGACCAUGUCGAAAAAUAUACUUCUUGAAAUAGAUUUUAAUGUAUUUUCUUGUGGUUAAAAUUAUUAAAACAUCAUUCCUGUUAUUAUCUGAUAUCAAUAUAUUUGAUAACAUAUCCACUGAUAACAUGACUAAUAAUAAAAAACAUAGUCUGCAAAACUAAAAACUUGCUAUUAGGAAUUUAUUAUACUUCUAUUUCUGUAAACCAAUGGAACCUGUUUUCACUGGGGUUUUUUUUUUUUUUUAAUCUAGGCUAUAGAGAUGCCUAUACUGUAACUGACCUUUUGUGGCUAUUUCCCACUUGGUCUCAGAAAGGUGAUAAAUGUAGUAACAGGUCAAAUGACCAAGUAAGUGGAAAAAUAUAAAAUAAAUCUCAUAUGUAUCAUUUUGAAAUGUUUCCUA